GUUAAAAGGAAAGAAAAUAUCUUCAAGGAGCUGCCAUUGACACCAUAUGUUGGGAAAACCCACCGAUUCAACGGUUGAGUUUCUCCAAAAUCCAGCAAUAGUAAACACCAGUUGUGCUGUUCUUUAUACGACGAGAGAAGAGAGAGAGAAUGUCCAGUAGAGAUAUGGAGAGAGGUAGGAAACACAGAGGGGACACCCAGUGGACGUCCUGGCUGACUCCGACUAUUGUCGUGGCUAAUGUCGCCGUCUUCAUCGUUGUCAUGUUCAUCAACGACUGCCCCAAGACGACCAAUGGUGCAAAUGGAGAUUGCGUGGCCAAGUUUCUCCGUAGGUUCUCGUUCCAGCCACUCAGAGAAAACCCUCUUUUAGGCCCAUCUUCUUCCACAUUGGAGAAAAUGGGAGCUUUGGAAUGGAGGAAAGUCGUGCAAGGCAAUGAAAAAUGGAGGCUCAUCACUUCUAUGUGGCUCCACGCUGGUGUCUUUCACCUUUUUACUAAUAUGUUCAAUGUAAUCUUCUUCGGUAUCCGCCUUGAGCAGCAGUUUGGCUUCAUAAGAAUUGGACUCGUCUACUUGAUAUCGGGAUUUGGCGGAAACAUUCUCUCAGCUCUCUUCCUUCAAAAUAGCAUCUCAGUUGGUGCCUCGGGCGCUCUUCUUGGACUCAUGGGAGCAAUGUUAUCAGAGCUUCUCAUCAACUGGACUAUCUACGCCAACAAGCUGGCGGCUUUGUUCACAAUCUUGUUCAUCAUAGCAAUCAAUUUGGCAAUAGGAUUGCUUCCUUGGGUUGACAACUUUGCUCACAUUGGUGGUUUCUUAACCGGAUUUUUACUUGGGUUUGUACUACUGAUCCGGCCUCAGUUAGGAUGGGAAGAGUCACGCAACUCUUCGCAGUAUGGUGGCCGUGCCAGAUCAAAGUAUAACCCGUGCCAGUACAUGUUGUUCUUUAUUGCCGGUGUAGUUGUCGUAGCGGGUUUGACAGUUGGGAUUGUGAUGCUUUUCAAAGGAGAGAAUGGGAACAAACAUUGCAAAUGGUGCCAUCGCCUAGACUGUUAUCCUACUUCCAAAUGGUCUUGUUGAUGAUAUUUCUUUCAUUCAUCAUUACUGUUACAAACUCUGUUUCUAACUAUAUUCAUUGUCCUAUUUGGUUGUGUAACUACAAAUUGAAAAGGAUUGUUUUUAUUGAUUCCUCAAAUUGAAAGAUGUUGGGCUUGGAACGAAACUUAUUAGCCCGUUUAUAAAAAUUAGUGACAUCAUCAUGUAUAAACCGGUGAAAAGUAGCCGACACGUCAGCAGAUCACCGAGAGGGAACAUAUGGUUUUUUGGGUUGGUGGGCUUCCUCUGGCGGCGAUCUUCAUCUUGAAACUACAGUGUUGUCGUUCAUCGAUCAAUCGAAGAAAAGUUCCAAGGAGUUCGAAGUAUGAAGAAACGCAGCCAUCUGCAAUUUGGUGAAGUCGGUUCCAACACAGAACCUCAUACCGCCACCAAACG